AAUCUGGCUGGGUCAGCCCAUCGCCACCAGCCCCCAGGCUGGGUUUAUUAAACUAGAACACAGCAGACACACAGUUUCUGUAGGUAACAUUGAGAGUUACCUACAUUUGACUUUCCUCAUUUCACAACCCACACUCCAACCCCUAAAGCUAUACGUCCUUCACCCACAGAACCAUUACCUCACAGACUUUUAUUUCCUUUUCUUUUAGGCAGAAUCUAUUAAGCUACUUAAAAAAAAAUAAAAAAAACAUUUCCCAAACACACUGUUACACUCUUAUCUCCAGUUAUAGUACCAGGAAGGUGUGCUGGGGCCAAAUCAGGCACGAUGGAAUUUGCCAUGGGGAAACCCAGCACUGAUGACAGCGGAACCCGCCCGCGUGUGAAUUCCCGUGGCUCCUGCCACCCCUUUAUAAGCAGGUGGAGGUGAGGCAGGGCUGGCAGAACAGGCAGGCAGCAGCCGAGCACUCACUGGAGCAGAGCUGUGAGUGUGGUUUGGGAAUGGCUGGCUUUAGCAGCAAGAGCAUGGUCCUGGUCUCCCUGAUGGGGCUCCUGGCGCUGCUCCUGUGUGGCACCUCCAAAGCACACAGCAAUCAUGAUUGCUGCCUGUCUUACACCAAAGUGCGUCUGCCUCGGUGGGCCCUGAAGGGCUACACUGAACAGCUCGCCAGUGAAGUCUGUGAUAUCCCUGCAAUCAUUUUCCACACCAACAGUGGGCUGAAGGCCUGUGUAAAUCCUAACGAAGGCUGGGUGAAGAAGCAUCUUCUUUUCCUCAGCCAUAAGCUCAAGAGGAUGUCAGCCUGAUAUGGUUUCCAGCAAGGAAAUAAACAUAGACAUGGCUGAAGAAUCACCAGGUUCAACCUCUUGGUUGGGAUUGUCUUGUACACUGUUGUGUGCUCACUCACCUCCAACUCAGGCUUCUUUGGAACUGUUGAACUUCUCUAGUUGAUUCAUAUUGCAUCUCUGGUUUGCUUGAAUUAAGCAUUUUGUUACAGUUUCUAUUUUUACUAAUAUGUGUACUAAUAUGACAUGAUAUUAUUUAGUAAAGACUACCUUAAGCUGUUGUACAGAGUAUUAAGUUUAUUGCACGUUGUUUUUGUUUUGUUCCACAUGUGUAAAGUGGCUUAUUUAUUCUAUUUAUUUUAUUACUGUCUUGUGCCAAAAUGUUUCCUUUUAGCUGUAGUUAGCAUUAUAAUACUUCUUGAGCUAUUGCUAAAGAAAAUCUGCCUGUGGAAAAAAAUGGAAAUUGGAGUUUAAAAAAAAUAAAUGUUAAA